AUGUCGUCCAAAGCAGCCUCCAUUCUCAAGACCGCAGUCUUCGCAAUAUGGUCCUACCAAUGGGGCUUCCUCACAGCAACUUUCUGCAUCUAUCAUGAACUCAGCAUCCCGAACCCCUUUUACGCGAUCCUGACAACAGUCUUGACUCUGCCUAUCCCCCUAUCAAUGGAACUUUUUCUUCUCUACACUACGGCUUCUCGUUUUAGUCGUAUGGAUCCCCACACCAGAAAAUUCAACAACUUCUUCUAUAAAACGCGAGACUGGGCUAUGAUUCUUCCCAUCUUGAGUAUCCUCUGGUUCCUAUGUGUCUUGUACUGGGGCCUCUUGACUAUGAUGGACAUGUAUGCUUAUGGGCCCGUGGCCAAGACCAUCGAUUUUCUCUGUAUCUACGUCAAGCCCAUUGGUUAUGCAGUUUACAUAGGAGGCGUCCUUCUUUAUAUCCCGCUACCCAUUUGGGUUAUUGUUACUGGCAUCGGAGCGUGCAGACGGGUACGGAACCUGAAGAGUCCCGAGGAGGAAGCGACCCACUUGACAACCAAGAAUGACGACGAGGACGAGUGGAACGACUUUCAGGAUAAUCUCUGA